ACACUCGAAUUUUUCAUCAAUUGUUUGCGAUUGUUCACUGAGUGAGUUGAUUCGUUCAUCUAGUACGCGUCUUCGGUUAUAUCCACUAAAAUCCAGCGGUUUAUCCUUGAAGUGAUCCCGAGUUCAUAAAUAUAAAAAAAAUGGCUGCAGUCCAAAAAGUUCUUAUCGUUUCCUUCGCCCUGUGCUGUCUUUUCUCAGUGGUUUAUUGUGAGGAGGAUGCAAGUGAUUCCACACUCUCAGAGGCCCGUACAUUCGGACAUCACUUCCUGAAACGAAUCAGCUUCGCCGUCGUUCCAGCAGCUUUUGUCGUUGGCAUGAUCACAACUCUUCUUGCUGCCCUAACUGUUGUAUCAAUCAAAGGACUUGGCGUUGGAGUAAUUCUCUUAAUUUUAGCUUUGGGACAAAUCGUUGGAAGAACUUUCCCCCAUGUUCACGCUGCUGCUCAAUACUCAGCCCCAGUUCCGGUAGUAGUUUCACAUCCGGCCCCGGCACCAGCCCCCCUCUGGGUCGAGAAAGACUGGUAACAGGUCCACCCACCCGAACGUCUUCAUCCACAACCAUUUAGUCUGAGUAAUUUAAGCUAAAAGAUAGCAGGAAAUGCUAAAAGGAGAACUAAAUUUAAAUUAUUUAUUUAAUUUAUUUAUUUAUUUAUUUAUUAAUAAACGAAGUAACUGCGCGGGAAAAUCAAGAUUUACCUUAAGUUAGAGUCGCCUAUGUACACGUGUAUGUAGCAAGUAAAGAACUAAGUUACGUGCGCAUAUAUAUGUAUGUGUUUAUGCACAAAAGGAAUGUGUCACGAAAUAA